AUGUCCACCGAACAGUCCCAACCCGACAUGGCCGCCACUCCCGCCCGCGCCUCCGCCCUGCUCGGCAAUCUCUCCACCGUGAAAGCCCUCAUCACAACCGCAAACCCAAGCAAGGCCGUCCGGCUCGUCGCCGUCUCCAAGCUCAAACCCGCCUCCGAUAUCCUAGCACUGCACCAACCCCCCGCAAACCAGCUGCACUUCGGCGAGAACUACCUCCAAGAACUGCUCGAAAAGUCCCGUCUCCUACCACCCAGCAUCCGGUGGCACUUCAUCGGCGGCCUGCAAUCGAACAAAUGCGUCACCUUGGCGCGCGACGUGCGCGGUCUGUGGGCUGUUGAAUCUGUCGACACGCAGAAGAAGGCCACGCUGUUGGAUAAGGGGUGGGGAGAGCGGAAGACUCAGGCCGGUGAUGAGGCAGCGGAAAACCAGAAACUGCGCAUCUACGUGCAAGUGAACACCUCCGGCGAGGAAAACAAAGCGGGCGUUGAGCCCGCCGAGGCAGCUGAGCUGUGUCGGUUUAUUAGGGAGAAGUGCCCGCGGCUCAAAUUGCAGGGUGUUAUGACUAUCGGCGCGAUUGCGCGCUCGAAGGCUACGACGCCCGACAAUGAGAAUGAGGAUUUUGUCUGUUUGCGGGAGACGAGGGAUCGCGUUGUCAAGGAGUUGGGGAUGGAGGGGGAGGAGGGGACGUUGGAGUUGAGUAUGGGUAUGAGUUCGGACUUUGAGGGUGCCAUUGUCCUGGGCAGUGAUCAGGUUCGCGUGGGGACGACUAUCUUCGGGGAUCGGCCGCCCAAGGCGCAGGCGAAAGUAGUGUAG